AUGGACGCCCUACGACACCUACAAUGCUUGGAGAAGGAUAGCACGCUCAGGCUGUACACCGCGUUCAUCUACCACUACAAGAAGUGGGCGGCGAAGAUGCUGAAGCAGAUACGCGACAAGCUACCCCAUGAGCAACGACUUAGGCACGUCGACGAGAUCGGCCACUACAUCCGCGACAACAAGAAAAAUGAUUGGUGCAACGAGAAAGUGGUCCGCCGACAGUACAUCUGGCUGCAAGGCCCUAGGGUCACCGAAACCCGGCUGCGCGCCUACGUGAAGCAAAUGAGCCGUGAGUGUAGCCUCAUUGUUGACCAGCCCGGGGAGGAGAACAAUGCCACGCGAACGGGGCCUGUGAGGUCGACAACUGUGCACACGAUCCUCGGCCGCAUAAAGGCAUGCCAGAUGGCGGCGAGGGUGGAGGCAACGCUGUACCGAGAGAAGGAGCUAGGCAUCAUGAGGGAGAUCUCGGUGGUCAGAUCGGAGGUGCGGUUCAACGUCCGCCACAAGAACGAGAGGGACAUCAAGAACUGCGCCGACCGUCGACGCGGCACCAUCGGCGAUACCUACACCGCCGAGCAGUUCCGCCAGAUCAUGAUGAGGGUGCUGCCGACAUGGGCGGCGGCGGCGUGGAACCCGCGGGCAACCACUCCGUCGCAAACGCUGUGGCGAUUCCUGCUCGUCAAGGUGCCCACGCUACUCUCCCACCACUCUCUCCUGCGCGGCGCCAGCAUCCGCGAGAUCACGCUCCCCGACGUCUUCUUGUACCACCUGGCGAGCACCUCGGAGGUGAACCCGGAUAGCCAGCCGGUCGUCAUGGUGAUCGCCGCGCGUAACUCGAAGACAUCCAAGGAUGCCCGUCUUCAGCAGAGCUACGCGGCGCGACACCUGGAAGCGGAGCUGUGCGCCGUCGGCGAGACCGGCCUGUGGCUGCACUUCAUCCUCGACCAGAUCGGUCAGUUCUCCGGCACCGACUUCCUUCCGCCGCUUGACACCACAGAACGCGAACGCUGGUACAAGAAGCAUCUCUUCUUCGCCAGAAACGACAAGGAGCAGGAGGAGCUCCCCGCCGCCACCCACCAACGUUGGACUCGGCAGAUGUGGACGACCAACAAGGUGUUCUGCAAAAGGAAUGUGCACGUCGCCCGCGCCGGAGGUGCGCAGGAGCUAGCCAUCGGAGGGACUCCGCGCGCGGAGAUCGCGGAGCUGGGACACUGGGCUCUCGACAAGAUGACGCGUGCAUACAUCACGGCCAUUCCCGCUGGGGUGGUGAUGUGGAAGGCCGGCUACUCGGGACUCAAGCAAGACUACUUCUUGGGGCGCAGCAGGGUCGAGCCCUCCGACAAACUCCUGGACCUGCUCGCCGCGCACAUCUUCCCCGGAGUGGAUGCUAUGCUGCGCGAUGCGGAGACGCGUGCCGUUAACGGGAGCGACGCCGAUGCAGCCGCAGUGCACUUCUUGCGCACCCUCGUGAUGUUCCGACGCAUCGUCGCCGAGGACCUCGCGGUGAAGCUCGUCCGCACACCGUGGCACCCGUACGUCCAAGGUUCCGAGAUCUGCAGGAUUGCCCUCUUCCAGCACUGGGCGAAAAGGGUCGAGUCGGUCGACACCGAUACGAUCAAAAAGCGCCGGGACCCGACUCAGAUUCAGCUAGAGGAAAUAUCCGUCCGCAUGGACACCCAGUAUCACAACAUGUCCCUCAAGGAGGUGCUGAAGAAGGAGGUCGAGCGCUCGGCGCGCAAGAAGCUAGGCCUGCAGGAGACGAUCGAGAUGCAAAACGACACCAUCGCGUCGCUCACCGCCGAGCUUGCUCGAGUCACCGAGGCACUCCGUACGGCAGAGGAGGCCAGUUACGAGCUCAACGUGGUGCAACCUUGGCGAGAUUCAAAGACCGUGCGGGACGCUUGGCGCCUCUGGAACUCCGCCAUCGCCAAUGACACCCGUCGUCUAUGCGACAGGGUCGCCGAGCCGGGGUUCAUCGACCGCCACACCCUCCUCAAAGGCGCGACCCAGGGUGCACUCAACAUGAGGGUGCGCCGCAUGCUGAAGGCCAUGGAUGCGGUGCGCCAGCUACGCGCGAGCGACGGCGAUGCCGACACCGAAGCCGUGGUCGAUGCACUGAACACGAUCGCGGCACCGGGCAUUGGGACCUUCUACGAUGCCCUCACGGUGCUCAACCCGGAGACGGCAUCGACGAUGUCCAAGGAGCCUGGCAUGGGCGUCAAGGGGCUUGCCCCCAAGGUGGUCUCGAAGCUACGCCUCGCCUGUGCGCUGGUGGCGCUCGAGCUGAAGCCGACGACGUGGGUCGACCGCCUGUUUCCAGACACCUGGGAGGAGCAGAUGCCGAAGACCGUGGCCGACUUGGCCAAGCAGACCGCACUUGCGCAGCGUCCUCGGUCAAAGCGCAAGAAGUCGGCAUGA